AUGGCAAAGAAGAGUUUCGAAGAUAUUGCUUUUGAACUAUUCAAGAAGCUUUGUCCGGAUAAAAAUUUAAAAUAUGAACAAAUUCCGUAUCAGAGAGUAAGAAACAUUGUAGAAAUGCAUCUAAAUAGCAUGGAUCCAGAGAAGAAGCAACAUUUGCUUGCUCAUUUAAGUGGUGAAUCCGAGCAAGGACCAAGUGAAACUCAACCAAAAGUCGUUAGUAGAGGAGCAUCUCCAGUUAAGCCAAAAUCAGUAUCAGAAUAUCGAAAUGCCCUUCUUGCUGAAAGACAUCAUUUGUUGCCGAAACUAGAAGAUUACAAUGAAGCUCAAAAAAUUCAUCUCAGAUACCCAAAGAAUGUAAGGAAAUUUGUAAGGGCUCGUACUGAUCGUAGAUUGGCUGCAGAAACAAACGAUUUCGUAAAUAUAGUUUGUGAUGAGAGGAAAUUGCCGGAGAUCUUCCUUUCUAUCUAUGAUCAAAUUUUAAGAAAGCGUAAGAGUUCCUUACAGUGUUAUCAUGCGAUUAUCAAUACUCUACACCAUUACUACAUGCGUACAACUUGGUCAGAUCUUGUUCCGGACGCGGUGAAUGAGUUUAUCCAAAAUCAUAUUAUACUCACAUGUAACGGUUUAACAACGAAGUAUGAUCGUCAAAAUCGAGAUGCAGAUAUUUUUGAACGUCUUCGUGAAUACGAAUUAAUGGUGCUUUUGGAACUUCACCUGAUUAAAAAAUGUCCAGAUCGGAUCAAACAAACUGGAGUUGUGAGCAAACUGGGAUUUCUGGUCUUUGUAGCUGACUCUGUGUACAUGAAGAAUUUUCUCGACGAAACUAUUUGUGAUCAGUUUGCUCAUAUCAUGCCUAAAGCUAUUGUUGUCAUUUACGAUGAACUGUGUCUAAAAUUGCCACUUGAUCUAGAGGAUCAAUCAUAUAAAAGUAGUUCAAGCAAAACGCUUGAAUUCCGAGAGGCAGGACGAAGAAGUAGUCGAAAGUCAGGUCCAGGAAGUGCAAAGUUGCUUGAAUUAGAACGGAAAGUUGCUGAAAAGAAGACUCGAAGGCAAAAAAGAUACGCAAAAUAUAAAUCUAUGGAGCUCUCACCGGAAGCGGAACGCAGUAAACGAAAAGCUCGUCAUCGUACUCGAGUGAGACAGGCAGAACGAGUCUCAAGACGAAUAGCCGCUCGAGAGAAAGCGAAAAUAGCUGGUUCUUAUUUACGUAUUUGA